UUGUAUUCUGUAUAGAUAUGGAAUUCUUGUUUGUUUGUUUGUUUUUAUUUAUAACAUCUUACUGACAGGUAUUUGAUACAAAAUACUUUCGUGCCUCGCGUGUUGGUAGUGUAUACUUCAGUUCAAUGUGUUUCUCGUUUGAAGAGAAGGAUGAGCGUGGACGCGGAGCGCGUGUUGAUCCAGCUCCAGGAUGAGGUGCUCGGAUCCCCCUUCGAGCCGCUGGACAUCAGUCCGGAUAAACUGCAGCUGGUCUGCAACGCACUGUUACAGAAGGAGGAGCCUGUGCCGUUCCUGUUCUUUGUGAAGGAUGCAGAGCUGGUGUCGUCCCUGGGCUCCUGUGUACAGACUUUGGGCCUGGAGACCGAGCAGGUGCUGCCAGUUGUGUACCAGCCACAGGCCGUGUUUCAUGUCCGAGCCGUGGCUCGAUGCACCAGCUCUUUGGAGGGCCACACAGAGGCCGUCAUCUCUGUGUCUUUUAGCCCUACAGGAAAAAGUAAAUAUCUUGCCAGUGGAUCUGGGGACACGACAGUGAGGUGGGAUCUAAGCACAGAAACGCCACACCACACUGCUAGGGGACACACACAUUGGGUUUUGUCCAUUGCCUGGUCUCCAGAUGGCAAGAAACUAGCAUCAGGGUGCAAAAACAGUCAGAUCUUCUUGUGGGAUCUGAUCACAGGAAGUCAGAUUGGAAAGACCUUGACAGGACAUACGAAGUGGAUCACCUGGCUGUGCUGGGAACCUCUCCAUCUGAACCCAGAGUGUUGGUAUUUGGCUAGCACCAGUAAAGACUGUUCGAUUCGGAUCUGGGAUACGGUUUUGGGCCGCUGUGAUAAGAUCCUGACCGGACACACACAGUCUGUGACAUGUGUAAAAUGGGGAGGUGAUGGUCUGCUGUACACUUCAUCUCAGGACAGAACCAUUAAAGUCUGGAGAGCCAAAGAUGGGGUUCAGUGUCGGACACUGCAAGGUCACGCUCACUAGGUCAACACGCUGGCCCUCAGCACAGAUUACGUUCUGCGCACAGGAGCGUUUGAGCCAGCUACUGCAACCAUAAACCCUCAGGAUCUCUCUGGAUCAAUGGAAGAGAUCAAGGAAAAGGCUUUGAAGCGCUACAACAGUGUCAGAGGUGAAGGUCAUGAGAGGCUGGUGUCAGGAUCAGAUGAUUUCACAAUGUUCUUAUGGAACCCAGCAGAGGAGAAGAAGCCAGUGGCCCAUUUGAAUUGUGGCCCGUUGGUCAAUGAGGUGCUGUUUUCACCAGACACACGGCUGAUAGCCAGCGCUUCCUUCAAUAAGUCUAUAAAGAUCUGGGAUGGAAAGACGGGAAAGUACCUGACCUCACUUCCUGGUCAUGUGGGGUCGGUGUACCAGGUGGCGUGGUCCGCAGACAGCCGUUUGUUGGUCAGUGGCAGCAGUGACAGCACCCUGAAGGUGUGGGACAUCAAGAAGGGCAAGCUGAACGCAGAUCUGCCUGGCCACGCUGAUGAGGUUUUUGCAGUUGACUGGAGUCCCGACGGUCAGAGAGUGGCCAGUGGUGGAAAAGACAAGUGUUUAAGGAUAUGGAGGAAGUAACCCAGAGAAACCAGCGACCCCUGGCUCUGCACGCAACAGCCAAUCAUGCGUCUCAAAGCAUCACUCCACAGCUUGGUGGACAGCAGUGUCGGAGCAUUAAGCCCUAGCCUAUUUGUCCAAUGAAACCGCUUCGACAGUAUCACAAUAGCUGACAUAUAAUGCUCUCUGAUGUUGUUGGGCCAGAUAGAAGGAAGAUAAAACGCUGCCUUUUUGCCCCACUCAAAUAAGCAAUAGCCCUGUGGAAUUGCAGGCGAACUGACCCAGUCUAAUCUGUGUAAUCUUUGUAAUUAACUUAAUCCCGAAUGCUGCGAUACAGGCGGCAUUAACUGGGUCUGUUCCAGUGCCGAGAGAUAACCGGCAUCGUCACAGUGGGCCGUACUACGUCAGCAGAGACGUUUUCUCAUUUAACAAGCAGUACAAGGAUUUUUAUGGGACCUGUGUCGUGUGGCUUUCUUAUCUUGAAUGAACAACUGUAGAGCAUCAAAAGCAGUUUGAUGUUAUCGCACAGCACACGUAUGACGUGAAGAGUCUUAAGAUGGAAUUCAAAGAGUUUGGGUCGACUGAUCAAUAUUGGCUACUCAAUACGGUCACGGGCCGGGAAACUGACCCUUUUUGGUUUAUUGAAUCUGUGUUGAAUCGGUUGUGAAGAAGCACUGCUUAUAUAUCGGACACUAAAACAAAAGUAGCAUGACUAGUACAGAAUAAGCAACCUUUGUGGGAAAUGCUUGUGUUAAGAACAAGGAAGCUUAUAAACAAAUUGCACAACUAAAAAAAAGCUGCCAUUUACAGUGUUUAAAAAUAAAAAACAUCAAGCUUGAAUGCCCUGGUCUUCAUGAUUGCACUCGACAUGCAAGUUUUAUAUCGAGAAUCACAAAUGUCUUGAGCCUCUACCAGUUUUGAGACUUGAAGCACAUUUUCAGAGCUGUACAUGUUAACUAAGACAAAAGAUCAUUUGCAUUACAUUUAUAUUUCUGUGUACAUGGUUGUGCUAUUACAUUUCAUGCCACAUAAGUAGACUGUCUCACGACAUGGUGGUGAGAAGACACUUGUUCACAUGAUUCACACGAUUUUACUGAAGUGCAAAAUGAUGAAACGCUUGCUCAUGUACGAAUAUUUUUGUGCGUCAAUAAAUAUACCGUAAGCUA